ACAAUCAAGUGAAUAUAAAGAAGGAUUUGUCAUGCAUGACCUUCUAAAUGAUUUGGCAAAAUAUGUUUGUGGGAACAUCUAUUUCAGGUUGGGAGUUGAUCAAGCAAAAGAUAUUUGAAGGAGCUGCCCUCGAAUUUGCAUGAACUCACCAAUUUGCAUCGCCUUGAAUUUGUAAAUACUGAAAUUAUAAAGGUGCCACGGCAUAUGGGAAAGCUGAAGAAUCUUCAAGUUUUGAUGAGUUCGUUUGAUGUUGGUAAAAGUAGCGAGUUCACUAUUCAGCAAUUAGGAGAGCUCAAUCUUCAUGGAAGACUAUCAUUUUGGGAGCUGCAGAAUAUUGAGAACCCCUCAGAUGCAUUAGCUGCAGAUUUGAAAAAUAAAACAUGCCUUGUGGAACUAGAGUUUGGAUGGAAUUCGCACCGGAACCCUGAUGAUUUUGCCAAAGAAAGGGAUGUAAUUGUAAUUGAGAAUCUACAACCUUCCAAACACUUGGAGAAGUUGUCAAUCAGGAACUAUGGUGGUAAACAAUUCCCAAAUUGGUUAUCCGUUAAUUCUUUAUCAAAUGUGGUGUCCUUAGAGUUGGACAACUGUCAAUCUUGCCAACAUUUGCCUUCCCUUGGACUUUUUCCAUUUCUCAAGAAGCUUGAGAUUUCAAGUCUUGAUGGGAUAGUGAGCAUUGGUGCUGAUUUUCAUGGGAAUAGCACUUCUUCAUUUCCAUCGUUGGAAACAUUGAAGUUCUCCUCUAUGAAAGCAUGGGAAAAAUGGGAAUGUGAAGCUUUGAUAGGUGCUUUUCCAUGUCUUCAAUAUCUUACUAUAAGCAAAUGUCCCAAGCUGAAAGGUGAUCUCCCAGAGCAACUUCUUCCUUUAAAGGAGCUAGAAAUUAGUGAGUGCAAACAACUUGAGGCUUCAGCUCCCAGGGCUCUAGAACUAGACCUAGAAGACUUUGGAAAGCUGCAACUUGACUGGGCUUCUUUGAAAGAGCUCAGAAUGGGCGGACACAGCAUGGAAGCAUCGUUGCUGGAAAAAUCUGAUACUUUGAAAGAACUGGAAAUUUAUGGUUGCCCGAAAUAUGGAAUGUUUUGCGAUUGUGAAAUGAGUGAUGAUGGCUGUGACUCUCUAAAGACUUUUCCGCUAGAUUUCUUCCCAGCACUCAGGACCCUUGAUCUCAGAGGCUUUCGUAAUCUACAGAUGAUUACACAGGAUCACACCCAUAAUCAUCUUGAAUUUCUGACAAUCAAAGAGUGCCCUCAAUUAGAAUCGUUGCCUGGAAGCAUGCAUAUGCUGCUUCCAUCUCUGAAGGAACUACGAAUAUAUGAUUGUCCAAGAGUUGAGUCGUUCCCUGAAGGAGGUUUACCAUCAAAUCUAAAACAGAUGCGACUCUAUAAAUGUUCCUCCGGACUCAUGGCCUCACUGAAAGGGGCUUUGGGAGGCAAUCCCUCUCUGGAAAACUUGGAGAUAGGAAAGCUGGAUGCGGAAUCUUGUCCUGAUGAAGGUUUGCUGCCACUCUCUCUUACUUGUCUACGCAUCCGUGAUUUUCCAAAUCUAAAAAAACUGGACUACAAGGGGCUCUCUCAGCUCUCCUCUCUCAAGAAAUUGAUUCUUGGAAACUGCCCCAACCUCCAACAGCUACCAGAGGAGGGUCUUCCCAAAUCCAUUUCACAUCUUAUGAUUAGUGGCUGCCCCAACCUCAACCAGCGUUGCCAGAACCCAGGAGGCGAAGACUGGCCAAAGAUUGCUCACACUCCAACCGUGGAUAUUUGGUAGUAUAUGGUAGUGAUGCUGAUUUUUAAGAAUUAUCACCAAACUUUUUCUUUUUUAGUUGAUCUGAAUUAUCAUGAACCUUCUACAUGAUUUGUGCUUCAUGGAAAUUACUGAAUAAUUGUUUUCUUACACUUACAUAGUUAUAUAUGCAUUGUGUGCGAGGAGUUUUUUUUAUGACUUUUUUUUUAUUACUGGAUAAAAUAUUUCACAUUUAAAUUUA